AGAAGAAGACGUUGAUCAACUCUACACAACCGCCACAGACUGCAAGUGUCACUAAAAUAGUUCUGCCUGCGAAGUGCGCAUGCGCCGGGAGUAAAGCGGAAGCAUCAUGUCGCUCGAAGACCCAUUUUUCGUUGUGAAGGGGGAGGUGCAGAAGGCCCUCUCUCGUGCUCGGGGCCUGUUUGAUAGAUGGGAGGAACUGUUGCAGGAUGGGUCACAGGUAAGUCGUGAUGAGCUAGACUGGAGUACUAAUGAACUGAGGAACUGUCUGAGGGCCAUAGACUGGGAUCUGGAGGACCUCAGUGAAACCAUCAAUAUUGUGGAGUCGAACCCAGGGAAGUUCAAACUGGGUGACUAUGAACUUCAGGAGCGGAGAGACUUUGUGGAGCGAACCAGGAAAUCUGUUCAGGAGAUGAAAGAUCAGCUGUCCAGCCCUUCAGCUGUGGCUCAGGCAGAGAAGAAGAACAGACAGGCUCUGCUGACUUCUUCAGGACAGGACAGGUCAUCGGGACUGGACGCUCAUAUGGUGUCUGCAAAUUCCAGAUACAUCCAGGAGCAGCAGGAACAACAACAGCUGAUCAUGCAGGAGCAGGAUGAGCAGCUGGAGUUGGUGUCAGGCAGCAUCAGAGUCCUCAAAGACAUGUCGGGACGCAUCGGGGACGAGCUCGACGAGCAGGCUAUUAUGUUGGGGGAUUUUGGAGACGAGAUGGACCAGACAUCGUCCCGUAUGGACUCGGUCCUAAAGAAGCUGGAGAAGGUGUCUCACAUGACCAGCAGUCGGAGGCAGUGGUGUGCCAUCGGUGUGCUGGUCACCAUCUUGAUUGUAGUCCUCAUCCUCUUCUUCGCUCUCUGAUGCCGGCUGACCUUUGACCUCCCGACUACGUUUGCCGACUCCUCCCUGUUAGGAUGGACAGACACAAGAAGAAGAACGGGAGGGGAAGGAGGAGAGAGACCGUCCCCCCUUUCUUCACAAUGAGGAGAGACUGAUGACCCGCAGAGAGGUGUCAGGAUAUAAUUGUCCACCCCCCUCUGCUUUUAAUGCUUCUAGUGAAAACAGAAAACAACACACAGCUGGGGUCUCUCGACAGAAGCGCCUCACAGGAAAAAUCCCAGCGGUAUUAUGGAUUACAAAUUGGUGCAUUUCAGUAGUUGGAAACAAUGGUACUCAUUGGGAGGGUCAGGGCAGGAGGCUGCUGCUGUCAGGUUAAAAGCACAAAUCUGCUAAAGGUUUAACAAAUCAAGACGUAUUCAAGAUAUUUCAAGUCGCAUCGCAAUUUUAAAAAUUACACACAACUGUUCAGCGGCAGUAAAAAUGAUUUUGUAAAAACGUUAGGAAACAACAGAAUUUGAACACUUGUAAUUUAUUUUCUUCAGAACUACAAAACUGAUCUGUUUUGUUAGUAAAUAGUUUUUAUAGUGCUUUCCGACAGAUCUGACAGUUUUUGUAAAGAAAAUGUCUCUGAGAACAACUAUUGUGACAAUAAUUUCAGUUGGCUGGUGAGACCGGGCUACCAGCCAAAAAGUGUUGUUUUUUUAAUGCUGAUAAAUAUGGAUUUGUUAACAGUUUAAACAAGAAAAAUGCAGUUAUUUGUGUUUUAAGCUGACGGGAGCCGUGCGGAAGGGAGGAGACUGGGUGUUGUCAGUGUGGCCUUAAAUAUAUUUUUAUAUUGUAAAAUGUGCAGUACGUUUAUGUGCCUACAUGUGAAUCAGGGUGGAACACCGAGUGUUAAGUUCUAGUCCUCAAUUAAAUUAGGAAAGUUAUAGUUGGCCAAAAUCCUGCAGGUUUUCCUUCCAGUCCAACAUAACAGCAGCUGAUUUCCCUGAUUAACACAUUUCAGGCAGGAAGGAAGAGUUAGUCACUUCUAAAAUCAGUUGCUGUGGUGUUUCUGGUCAAAACAUGUAGACUUAUAGGCAUGACAUUAGGCUGCGCAUCCCUGAUAUGAAAUGCAGGCUUUGCUCUGCCUGCCACUUUGUCAGAAAUGUACAGAUCCUUCGGGCUCGGGCCGGCAGACAGAAACGUUUAAUUUCCUGCCCUGAUUGUGAUCCGUCUCUGUGGAGUGAAGUCAGGUCUGCAGCCAGCCGCCUUCGCGCUGCUGCAGGCAGUUAAGCACAUGAUUGGCUGAGGCUUUGUUACUCUCACUGGGUGAUGAGAGACAACCUUGGCUCAUAGCAAAUGGGUUUGCCUGUUUUAUUGAAAAGCUUUAGCUAAUAAUGAGAGUACGAACAGUUGCUGGGCAGGAUGUCUCCGCACUCAGCCCAGAUUUAGGCUUACAGCUCCCUCUACUGGAGGCUGUAGGUCAUGUUAUUUCUUUGUGUCAUGUCUGGCAACACUACCCACGCUAGGGUGUGUUGCAGCGCUGUAUAAAUAUAAACUGAUGCUUUAAAUGUGUGUAAAUGAACAUGAUUCCUGUACAAAGGCUUUAUGCAGACUCAAUCUUAUUUUUAAUCCUGUGUGAUUCAGAUUUUUUUACACUCAAUGUUUGCUUUUCUCAAGCAGUUAGAGAAAAAUGAUGAACUAAAGAGUUUUGUGACAGUUCUACUAAACCUAUUAACCAGAAGAGUCAGAGGUCACAUGCCCAGGAUUUAAAUGUUUGUGGGGGGUUCAGGGAUGUCUCACUGUUGAGUUUCCUCACUGCCAGAGCUCUUUUAAUCUUCAUAGUUUGUAUGUGCUUUUACAUAUUCAAGCCCUCAGUCCUUAAAUGCUUCAGUAGGGAAAAUUAGCAGAAUACUUGAAAAUGGCUGCAAGCAUAAAUGAAGCACUCAUGUGGUUUCCACUCCAGUCAUGAGUCACUGUUAGACCUCAAGGUAACGAUGCAAGGUAAAGGCAUCUGGAAACACAUCUGAUGAUUUCUAAUACACCUUACUUCCUGUGUGAAGUUAAAGCUGUUUAGUGCUUUUCUGUUUAGAUUUGACUGCGUCUGAUUUUAAUUGCAUGAUACUGUAACAUCACAACUGCAUAGGAGAGUAUUGUGAGCUCAGUUCUAGUCUUUGUUUUAUUCUGAAGGAUAUAGGCUGUAUUUAAUGAAUCAGUGCAGUGAAAACUGAAAACUUACAUCAUAAGUCACUUUGCGUUAUUUCAUAAAUUACACUAGUGACUUAUGAGGCAAAUCAGUUUUUCACAGACGACUUACUUUCUUUUAGAAAAAUGUAGCAAACCUUUUCAACUGGCCUAUGAGUGGUUAAAAACUGCUGAUGAACCUCAACAUCUGUAGCUAAAGUGCCAAUGAUCCAAAUUUCAUUUAUUCUGUUUAACUGAUCAGCCUUUAAACACAACGAGUCGCUUUUGACUGGGAAGUUGUCUUGAAUGUAACCGGACUUUGACAUGUUUAAUUGUAAACGUCUCUCUUGCUGGUGAAACUGUAAAGAGGUGAAUUUUGGGAGGAUCUGAAUGUGCUUUUUUUUUUUUAAUACAAUAUUGGCUGCAAUUGUGCAGUUCACUGUCAAACCGCUUGUGUCUGCACAUUGCUUUUCAAUUCACUGCUCUGCUAUAUUAAAUGUAUUUACUUACACACACACACACACACUACAUGAAGAAUAAAUGUUCCGUGGCAGCUGUUGCUUCUUUGACAAAAAACAUUACAUCUGCAUAAAGUGAGUUGAAUGAUUAUUUUCUAACUGACACUCAGAGGUGUUUGAAAUUGUUUUGUGGGAUUUGAAGUUUCAUUAAACUUGUUCAACAUGAAGUGACUAAACUGCAGAUUUUUUUUUAAAUAAAUUGAUGUUUGUACAGUG